CGACAUUCUCUCUCCUCCUCCCACAACCGCCACCCAGCAGCCAGCCGCAACCAACGUGCGAGCGUCCGAGCGAUCUGCCUCUGCUGUCUUCCACACAUCCACAGACACAUCCACACAUACACGCACACGCACACACGAACAGACAGCCACGAUGAGCGAGUUUGAGGACGUCGAUGUUGAGGGCGCCAAGUGGAGUGACGCCAUUCCAGCACCCUCUUCCUCCUCCAACGAGCAGCAGCCAGCAGAGCAGCAGCCAGCAGAGCAGCAGCCAGCAGAGCAGCAACCGCAGGUCGCUGCUGUUGUUGCAGUGGACGAUGAUGAGGCCACCAGUACCAACAACGCUGAAGCGUCGACAACGCAGGCUUCGGCACCGCCGACUGCAGCGGGAACUGACAAUGCAGAGGAAGAGGAGGCCCUUGUGGAAUCCUUCAAGUCCAAGACGGAGCUGCAGUCUGCCUUCCAGUCCCUGACCAAGAAGUUUGUGGACACCCAGGCCAAUGUUCAUGUGCAGCAGGCCGACUCCACCUCCCCGCUCUAUGCUGCCAUGGAGUUUGAGGACGUGGGCAAGCAACCAAACACCCUUCCCAUCAACCCCAACGUGCUCAAGGCGGCCCGUGCCAUGCAGUACAAGAAGCCCUCCAAGAUCCAGUCCACCGCCCUUCCCCUUCUCCUGAAGAACCCGCCAGAGAACCUUGUGUUCCAGUCUCAGCCCGGUACCGGCAAGACUGCCGCGUUCACCAUGAACGUGCUCACGCGUGUGGACCCCACCAAAAAAUUCACCCAGGCCCUGUACGUGUCGCCAACGUUCCAACUGUGCUUCCAGACGUCGCAGGUGAUUGAGGCGCUUGCCCAAUACACGGGUGUCGAGGUUGGCCUGCUGUUCAGCUCUCGCGACGCCGACGCCACGCAGCAAGUCGGCAACGUUGCUGACGAGCGCGGGCUUGCCAAGCAGCAGGUGCUAUGCUGCACCAUCAAGAAGCUGGUCAGCUCCAUGCGCACCAACCGCAACGUGAGCGCCAAGAACGUGCGCAUCCUCGUUGUGGACGAGGCCGAUGCCAUGCUGGAGAGCGCUGAAAACUUCAAGCUCCUCAAGACCCUCAAGAAGAUGCUGCCCCCCAACGUGCAGGUGAUUAUGCUGUCUGCCACCUUCCCCGACCACGUGAUGGGCAUCGCGCACGAGGUUGCGCCCAACGCGAACAUCAUCACCAUCCCGCGGCAGGAGGUGACGGUGAAGGACAUCAACCAGCUGUACAUCAGCACCCCGAGCUUCGACCGCAAGAUUGACGCCCUCCUCGCCAUCUACGAGUCCCUCGACGUCAAGCAGGCGAUUGUGUUCUGCAACACGAAGCGAGCUGUGGAGGAGGUGACGCGCAUCAUGCGGGAGGAGGGUCACCGCGUGUGCACCAUCAGCAGCAACCUCACCAAGAGCGAGCAGCUUGCGCAGCUGGACCGCUUCCUCAGCGGCCUCGACAACCUCCUCGUCGCAACAGAUAUGCUGUCCCGUGGCAUUGACAUCCCCCAGAUCUCCGUCGUCAUCAACUUUGAUGUGCCCAUCCGCUUUGGCGAUGGCGGUGGCUAUGCUGGUCCCGGCUACGAGACGUACGCCCAUCGCAUUGGCCGCCUCGGCUGCUUCCGGGGUGGUGGCGCGGCAAUCACCUUCGUCCAGACCAGGAACGAGAUGCAGGUGCUUGAUGCCAUUCGCGAGUACUUUGCGACAGAUAUCAGGGAGGUGCAGCCGGAUGAGGCCGAUCUCAAGGCCCAGGCAAAGAUUGGCAACCAGCAGGAAGCAAGCUGAGCCUGUCUCCACACGCGCGCGCGCUUUUUGCCCUGUGCCCUUCCACCACCAUCACCGCUACCACCACCACCUUCUCAACCUCAACCCCUCUUGUCCCUUUUCGUGGUGUUGUUGUGAGAGCUGUUCAAGUUGUGAGGGUUGGGGAAGGGCCUGUUCUCUUCCGCCUUGCUGCUGUACUGCCCUUGCGUGUGAGCUUGUUGACUUGUUGUUUGCGUACGUGUGGUGACACGUGUGUGACACAUGUGUGACGUGCGACACGUGUGUGACGUGUGACACACAAACCACAUUCACAGCAUGCAGUGAACCCAUGUGAACGGAGAAGCAUGAGGCAUGAAGCAAGCACGACGAAAAGAAGCGAGCAGGCAAUACAUGGCACAGC